AUGCGUCACAUGGAAUGGGAAGACAUGGGAACGAAGUUCGACGGCCACUACUUACAUCAUCUCCGCUUUGCAGAUGACAUCGGGCUUAUAACACCCAACAUCGAGCAGGCGGACGAAAUGCUGGCCGAAUUCAACAACGCUUGUGGAGGGAUCGGCUUGAAACUGAAUCUAACGAAGACGAUGUUCACGAAAAACGGAUUGGUACUUGAUGCUCCCUCACGCUGUACGGAAGGAAUAUCUCUGCAUGCUCUGAAAGAUCGGCUUGAGGCCAAACUUAUCGAUGAAGAUUUCCAUGAGGAACGGAUAGUUACCUGA